AUGGAAACACUACCUGGCCAGGAUUAUGGCAAUGACAAUGACACAAUACAGUAUGAAAUGGGUCCCCAUUCAAACUAUCUGCCAUACAAUAGAAUUGCGAAAGUUACGAUGAAAACUCGUCAUUGGAUAGUGGCAAUUUCGCUCAUAUCGAUUUAUUCUGCUUAUAUCCUAAAUAAAUACGACAUCGUUGAUCCUGUACUCAGGGACUUAGAGACUGAGUUCUUUAACUUGCUAGUGCUACAGAAAUCUGGGCAAUUCUUUCUCAGUUUUAGACCUUUCUUAGCACUUCAACUUUAUUCCAUUUUGCCAUUAAGUAUCGGUCUAUUGAGAUUAUUUUCUUUGUGUCUCAGUUCUUUGACUUUACUACUCGUCUUUUCCACGCUCAUAUUAUCUCGUGUCAAUAUGAUAUUGUCCUCAUUUGGUAUGCUUUCAAUCAUGAGUCUAUCAAUCUUUCAAAUUAAUUCCGUAUCGGUUAAUGAAAACGCUCUAUGUUGGUUUACGUUGGUUUCAGUCAUCCAUCUUUGGCAAAAUUACAGAUUGACCGGAAAAGGUAAGUUCAAAACUAUGUUACUGAUCUCUGUUCUGCUUGGAUCAAACAUGUCAAUCAAAUAUUCAGGUUUUAUGACUUUAUUGUGGGCCAUGGUUGUAUUCAAUUGGCACCUAUGGAAUAGAAUCAUCCCUGAUUUGGGUUGCUCAAACAAAAAUAUUGCCAAACUUUCAAUCACUCAUUCUUUAUUGCUAUUGAUAAUUCCAUUAUCAAUUUUCUUAUUGACUUCAUUUAUUCAAAUCACCCAUUGGAAAUUUGACAAUCCAGAAUAUUCAAAAUUCAUGUCUUCUUAUUUUCAAACAUAUUUAAGAAAUAAUAAGAGGCCCAUAACUCUAGAUUCACGAUUAUAUUAUGGUUCAGUAAUCGAACUUCGUCAUUUGAACUCGAUUGGAGGUUAUUUGGCAUCUGUGAACGCUACGUAUCCAAGCGGGUCUCAGGAACAGAUAGUCGGAAUCACCAGUCAAGAAGAUAGCGAAUGGAAUCAUUUCAUCCUAGAGCCAAUUGAAACGCACGUCCGUAACGAAGUCCAAGAGGGCAAAAUAGUUCCUGUAAAGCAGUCAAGACCUCUGAAGUUGAGACAUAAACUGACGGGCAAAUUAUUAAGGGCCUCUGAUGUAAGACCUCCUAUUUCCGAACAUGAUUAUGAUAAAGAAGUCUCAUGUACUGGUGAUAUCUCAUACAAUGGUAAGAAUGACGAAUUUUGGAAAUUCGAUGUCACUACCUUAGAUGAAAAGAGACCUGUUAGACCAUUGGAAGAUACCAUUCAAGUUAGAAAUAUUGGGCAACGUUGUACUUUGAUGUCUCAUGAUAUUAAGCUGCCUGAAGUUUGGAAUAUUGAUUUAUCGGAGGUCGAUAAUUAUUUACAAGAAGUUAUCUGUAUUGAAUCCGCAGUUCAUGCUAGAAGUCUGUUUCAAGUUAUUCUUGUACGAAAUGCACAUUCUGAGCCUUACGAAAAGUUUUUUUACCCUUCUGAGAAUGAAUCAUUCAAAUUUAGCAAAUUAUUUUAUGAAAUAGUCGUUAAACAAUUUAAAUCUGAUUCCUACAUUGGAAAGUCUGGCACUGAAGAAGUAGAUUAUAUUGAAGUGGGUAAUUGGCCGUUUAAAACUUUGGAUGACAAUAUCUACGUUAAACAUAUUUGGUUAAGUUCCAUCGUCUCAAUAAUGUUAGUGAUUUUUGGUAAUCUCAUCACAAUAGUUAGUUGGAAUCCGUUCAGUAAACUCUCGAAGGCUGAAACUACCAAAAUUUAUAAAAUUAUAUUUACAGAUGUCUCAAUAGAGUGUUUAGUAGGAUGGUUCUUACACUAUUACGUGUUUAUGAAAUGGUCGAAUUCCGAGGGGUUGGACGUCACUAACUAUUUCCCAAGUUUCUUAUUUGGAGAAUUACUCUUUAUCUAUUUACUAAACUAUUUCUACCAUUGGAAUAAGAUGUCUUUGAUCAUCGUACCAAUUUAUCUCUUAGUGAUGCUGUAUAUGAAUAAAUAA